GCUACUCACACCACAUAGGAAGGUGUUUUCUUGUUUUGGCGCUUUCAUUUCACAAAAAUACUAGAAAACAACCUUGUAUUUCUUGCCAUUUUCACCACAUUAUUUAAUUAAUUUUCUUUUUUUAUUUAAUUUAUUUUGUAAUAGUUUUCUUCGCCACCCUCUUGAAUUUAAUUUCUUACGUUGGAAAGUGUUAAACCUUUUUCCUCAGACGUUAGUUCAACAAAACCAUCAUUUCAUUUUCUCAUUUUCUCUCUUCACCAUUCUUUCUUUACUACUCUCAAAUGGGUUUCUUUGCUACUUUCUUCGGUUUUCUUGGUUUCGCUCUCGGAAUUCCUCUUGGUCUUCUUGUUGGAUUUUUUCUCUUUGUUUAUUCUGAAGCAAAGCAAGUCAAGGUUCCUGUUGUUAGACCGAUUAGUGAAUUAGGUCCAAUUGCUGUGCAAGAGCUUUUACCUGAGAUUCCUCUAUGGGUGAAGACACCAGAUUAUGAACGAGUUGAUUGGUUGAACAAGUUUUUAUUGGAUAUGUGGCCUUUCUUAGAGAAGGCUAUUUGUGGGAUAAUUAGAACUACUGCAGAACCAAUAUUUGCUGAAUACAUUGGAAAGUAUCAGAUUAAAGCCAUUGAGUUUGAUCAACUGAGCCUUGGUACUCUUCCUCCUACUAUCUGCGGUAUGAAAGUUUUGGAAACAAAUGAAAAGGAAUUGGUCAUGGAACAGGUUAUCAAAUGGGCUGGCAACCCAAACAUAGUGUUGACCUUGCAGGUGUUGUCUUUAAAGAUCAAAGUUCAGUUGGUAGACUUGCAAAUAUUUGCGACGCCGCGGAUAACUUUAAGACCUUUGGUGCCGACACUUCCAUGUUUUGCAAAGAUUGUGGUGUCUUUGAUGGAGAAGCCUCAUGUGGAUUUUGGGAUGGCGAUAUCAGGAGGGGACGUCAUGUCAAUACCUGGUCUUUAUAGAUUUGUUCAGGAAACAAUAAAAAAGCAAGUUGCAAGCCUCUAUCUUUGGCCUCAAAGCUUGGAAGUUCCUAUUCUUGAUGAAUCAACGGUGGCGAUACAGAAGCCCGUGGGAAUAUUACAUGUGAAUGUGGUUAGAGCAAUCAAGCUUUUGAAAAUGGAUUUGUUGGGAGCUUCUGAUCCGUAUGUCAAACUGAGUCUGACUGGUGACAAACUACCCUCGAAGAAAACUACUAUCAAGAGAAAGAAUUUGAAUCCACAGUGGAACGAGAAAUUCAAGAUUGUUGUGAAGGACCCUCAAUCUCAAGUUCUCCAAUUACAAGUCUAUGAUUGGGACAAGGUUGGUGCACACGACAAGCUCGGAAUGCAGUUAGUCCCUCUAAAGCUGCUUAAGCCGUACGAGAAUAAAGAAUUUACACUUGAUUUGCUUAAGGACACGAAUAUCAACGAAACUCCAAAUAAGAAGUUCAGAGGACAAAUUGUGGUGGACUUGACUUUUGUUCCGUUCAAAGAAGAUAGUAUGAAAUUCGGUGGAUCUUCGGAAGGAUAUGUUAGAAAGGAUAGUGGAAUCGAUAGUAUAUCUGAUGAUGAGGUCCAAGAAGGAGCAGGUUUGCUUUCCAUUGUGAUACAGGGAGCCGAUGAAGUUGAGGGAGACCAUCACAGUAAUCCAUACGCAAUACUCACCUUUAGAGGCGAAAAGAAAAGGACAAAGAUGAUGAAGAAAACGCGUCAACCACGUUGGAAUGAAGAAUUCCAGUUCAUGCUAGAAGAGGCUCCUCUACACGAGAAGAUACACAUUGAAGUGAUGAGCAAGAGGAAGAGUUUCAGUUUUCUGUCAAAGGAAUCGUUGGGGCAUGUGGAGAUAAACCUGAAUGAUGUGGUGCACAAUGGUAGGAUUAAUGAUAAAUAUCAUCUGAUAAAUUCAAAGAAUGGAGUAAUACAUGUUGAGAUAAAAUGGAAGGUGGCUUAACAAACAAAAGCAGCUGUGUAUAAACUGAGUAUUCUUUGUUUACCCUCAAGAAUGGAGUAAUUUGUUGUAACUAGCUAACAAUGUUUUUGGUUUUUUACAGUGUAUAUCUAAAUAGAAGAGACAAAAGUACAUUAUUUAUACAUAUGGGAUAUACUAACUUACAUUCACAGUUUUA